AUGGGUAUUAAACAGCUCUACCAGGUUAUCUCUGAAAAUGCGCCCGAUGCUGUCAAGACGGGCGAGAUCAAGAACCACUUCGGUCGCAAGGUGGCCAUUGAUGCUGAUGAAGCUAAUCCAAGCAGGUCCAUGAGUAUCUACAGUUUCCUCAUUGCCGUGCGAUCCGAGGGUCAGCAGCUGAUGAGCGAGACGGGCGAGACGACAUCGCAUCUGAUGGGCAUGUUUUAUCGGACGCUACGGAUGGUCGACAACGGGAUCAAGCCGCUUUACGUAUUUGACGGGGCGCCGCCCAAGUUAAAGUCGGGCGAGUUGGCGAAGCGGGUAGCACGCAAGGCGGAAGCCACAGAGGCCCAUGAGGAGGCCAAGGAGACAGGCACGGCGGAGGACGUCGAGAAGUUCUCGCGGCGGACCGUUCGAGUGACCCGGGAGCACAACGCGGAAUGCAAGAAGCUGCUGAAGCUCAUGGGGAUCCCAUACAUCGAUGCGCCCACGGAGGCCGAAGCGCAGUGUGCCGCACUGGCCCGGGCAGGGAAGGUCUACGCGGCGGCGUCGGAAGACAUGGACACGCUGUGUUUCGACUCGCCGAUCCUUCUGCGACACUUGACCUUUAGCGAGCAGCGGAAAGAGCCUAUCCAGGAGAUUCACUUAGAUCGUGCUCUUGAAGGGCUCGGCAUGGACCGCAAUCAGUUCAUUGACUUGUGCAUUCUACUCGGGUGCGACUAUCUAGAGCCCAUCCCGAAAGUGGGCCCGAACACAGCUCUCAAGAUGAUCCGGGACUGCGGCAGCCUAGAGAAGGUGAUCGAGUCGAUCGAGCAGGAUCCAAAGAAGAAAUACGUGAUCCCGGAAGACUGGCCGUACCAGGACGCGCGCGAGCUGUUCCUGCACCCCGACGUACGCGAGGCCAGCGAUCCCGCGUGCGAUUUCAAGUGGGAGGCGCCGGACAUCGAGGGGUUGAUCACCUUCCUGGUCAAGGAUAAGGGGUUCAACGAAGACCGCGUGCGCAACGGCGCGGCUCGGCUGGAGAAGAACCUCAAGACGGCGCAGCAGUCGCGACUGGAAGGGUUCUUCAAGCCGGUGGCCAAGACAGACGCCGAAAAGGCAACGCAGAAGCGGAAGCACGAGGAGAAGCUGCAGGAGCAGAAGAAGCGCAAGAAGGAGGAGGCCAAGGCGAAAAAGGAGGCCAAAUCGAAGCCUCGGGGCGCUGUCUAG